AUGACAUCGGAAGUAGAAACCUGCCGACUCUAUCUGGCAGCUAAAGGAGAAGGAUUCCCUGAAGAGAAACUAGAUCCCCCGAUUUCCCGAUUGUACUCGGAGAACGAGGUGGAGCUGGGGGUCCCCAACGCUCUGAUCUGCUUCAUCACUGACUUCCACCCUGCACCCGUUAAGGUGUCCUGGACCAGGAACACGGAGCCGGUGACACAGGGGUUCAACGUCACCCAGUACUACUCCAAUAAAGACUACAGCUUGCGCCUGUUCUCCUACCUGAGCUUCACGCCCCAGGCUGGGGACGUGUACUCCUGCAGUGUGGAGCACCGCGCCCUGCAGGAGCCCCUCACACGCCUCUGGGAGGUGGAGGUGCAGUCGGACUCGGAGGCGGCGGAGACAGCCGUGUGCGGGGUGGGCCUGACCCUGGGGCUGCUGGGAGUGGCAGCCGGAACCUUCUUCCUCAUCAAGGGCAACAAGUGCAACUGAGAGCACAGG